AUGCUCUCCCUCGCUCUCCUGAGCUUAGCUCUCACAGCAACAGCAGCACCUCUAGAACCCCGUCAAGCACCCUCCAACGUCCCCGACUUCGUCGUCAAGUUCGCACCCAUCGCAUACCUCCACACAGAAGAGAAAUACAACCCUUCCGACAUCUCGACGCAGCUAUUCAAUACCCACCCAGCCAUCAACCGCACCACAACCACAGCCGGUCCUAACCCCCUGACCCUCGAUAACCUCAACAACCUCAACACCAUCGCCAACUCAGGCUCGCCAGGCGGCGAAGACAUCUUCCUAACCUCCAACGCCGACCCCACAACCGACCCCAGACCCGAGUACCUGUACGGCGUACUGCCCGAUGCACAAGGCAAAACCAACGGCGCCACCUCAUCAGCCGUCAUCACAGUCCAGAAGGGCGGCGGCAUCCUCGACGCCUUCUACUUCUACUUCUACGCCUUCGAUUUCGGCGGGGUGUAUUUCGGUCUCAACGUGGGCAACCACGUAGGCGACUGGGAACACACCAUGGUCCGUUUCGUGGCUGGAGUCCCGCAGGCGAUCUGGUAUAGUCAGCACUCUCGGGGCCAGGCGUUUACCUACCAGGCGACCAAAAAGGGGGCCGAUGGUGUGAGACCUUUGGUGUAUGUAGCGAAUGGGACGCAUGCGAAUUAUGCCACGGAUGGGAAUCACGAUCAUACGAUUCCGGGGGUGAACUUACCGUUUGGACCGAUUGAGGACCACACUGAUGCUGGCGCGCUCUGGGAUCCGAUUGCUUCGGCGUAUUACUACAGCUACGAUGUUUCGUCGAAGAGCUUCGCGCCUUACAACGACGAACCGACCAAUUGGCUUUACUUCACAGGCCACUGGGGUGAUGCUAAGAUUCCUGAAGAUGAUGAGAGGCAGAAGUGCGCUUUUGGAAUCGAUGCGUUGUGUGAAUAUGUUGGAGGACCGACGGGGCCGGCUUUUAAGGGCUUGGAUAGAAAGGAUGUGUGUCCGGAUGGGGUUGAGGGCGGGUGUCAUAUAUUGCCAUUCGCGCUUGCGAAACGGGAUAAGGAGGUGUGGGAUGAUAUGAGUUUGUGA